GUCCUCUGAGUUUUUAAAAUGAUCUGAACCUAUCAUUUUUUGGUCCUUCGAGAGCCGGAGCGGGACAGUUGCUGACUGACGCUGGAGGAGACGAACACCGAAGACUGUCUGACAGCCAGGAUCAUCAGUUGACCUGACGAGAAGUCCUGAACCGUGAAUUCGUCUUCAGGCCGGUGAUUAGCUUCGCUCCUCCAGCGCCGUUCAUCGCUCUCCCGGAGUCCGAGGGGACGUAACACCAACUGUAACACAGGCAAAUUUAUAAGCGCUGAAAAUCUCUGACCCAGAUCUGGACUCCUGCCCUCUGAUCAGACAUCGUCUGGACCAGAAUGAUUGUCGGUAAAAACGAGACCCACCACCUCCACCUCUUCAUUGAGUCGCUACUGCACCACAACCUGCAGACAAGCAGUACAGCUCCACCUCAGAAGAGCCCUUAAUACUGCUCUCUCCUGUAUGGAGACAGACCAGAUCGGCUGCUCAGAGCAGAGACCUGAAGUGUGACAGCCGUCACACUGAACUGAGCAGCAUGCGCAGGAGAUGGUUAAUGAGAAGAAGAACCACCAGAAGAAAAAAGGACAAAUAAGAUGCUGACAGAGAACAGCAACAUUGACUCUGUACUGAAUCGUUGUCACUAGGUAAAGUGUUGCCCGUGGAAGAAGAAGGGGUGACUUUUCCAGGUGCGUCGAGAUGACAGAUGUUACAACUGCAGCCUGAUGGGUCAUUGGUGAAACGAAUGCCCAAGACUGGUGAAGGGAACACGGACUAACCAGACUGUGUCACACUGAUCGGAGAGGAGGACUUCAGACAAGUCAGAUGAAGGCGAGUUGCCUGAUCAGCAGAAAAGGGAAGUGAGAUAUCACACACACACACACACACACACUCAUUCAUUACUGGCGUCUAACACACAGUCUAGCACACGUGCAGCAACCUGCUCAGCAGGUUUCCUGUAACAUAUUAUUUUAAUGCAUCCAUGUACAGUUGCAUUGGAAUUGCAUAGGAAAAUGCUUAUGCUAAAUUUAAUUGUAAAUGGGAAAAUUUUUCUUUUUUGGUUGAUUCGGGAGCAACAAAUUCUACUGUCCGUGAAUAUGCAUUAUUUGUUUCAUUUAAGUUAAAGUGGACACCACAUCUAUUCAAUGUCCACAUCUGGGAAUACAGUUAAAUAAGUUUUGCAGUUCCAAGCUCAGGAAAAAUAGUCAGGACAACUGUUCACCCAGUCUUUUAGUGCCUAAAAUGUUUUAGCUUCCAGGAGUAAAAUUAAGUCUAACUUUGUCCGAUUAUAUCUACCAGUGGAAACUAAGUCAAAAUUCAUUUUUCUAAAAAAUUUAGAUGAAAUACGCAAUUUGGUGAGUCCUAAUUCUGAUUUUAUGCCAAAGUAUGAUGUAGGCCCUAUUAGGGACUGUGAACCUUUUAUCAGACUGAAAUCUGCUUUUUGCCCUUGUUAAAAACAAUAUCCUCUUAAACCAGAGGCUGUUGCUGGCAUAACACAAGUAUUUAACUCCUUAUUGGCUACUGGAGUUAUUGUUUCAUGUCUUCUCCCGUUUCUAUUCCUUUUUUCCCUGUGGAGUUAAAAAUAGGGCUGUUCCCAGAGCCCCUAUAGUACCUAAUCCACAUGCCAUUUUUUUUGUGGCUCCUUUCACAGAUUACCUGAUGGUGUCAACCAUGUUGGCUCUGAUCCUCUGUUUCAGGGAUUCAAGCCUUUGCUACUCUGGAGGAGUGUCGUUUUUGAGCUAAGUGUACCUCCACCCUUCGUGGAUGGUUUCUUCAAAGAAAGAAAGAAAAAAAAAAAAACCUUGUCUGCCUUCCCUUGGUUUGCAAAAAUGGAGUCAUGGGUCAGACCAUGUCUCCAAAGGGGGGAUACUAAGAAUGAUACUUUGAAAAACAAACUGGCCAAAUGUUAUGAGGAGACAGGACUUUCUUGGGUUAAAGUUUUGUUAUUAGUGGAAAUGUACAUGCGCAUAACACCAUCAGAAUUAGGACUUACUCCGUAUGAAAUAGAAUAGAAUGGUUUUACUGUCAUUAUAUAGGAUAUACAAUGAGAUUGGAGGGUCACUCCUGUUUAGUGCCAUAUAAUAAAAAGUCAAAACUUACUAAAAUGAAAAUAACAUAAUCUAAUAUAAUCAAAUAUAUAGAAAAUAAAAGGUAUAUUAAAACUAAAGAAAAUAAGAGAUGUAUAAAGUAUACACUGGUGCAUAUAUAUAUUAUAUUCAUAAGAAAUAUAUUCAUUGUAAUAGAAGGCAGAAGAGAGCUGUGAUUUGAGUGAGUGGAUGAGGAAAUUUUUAUAAAGCAAACAACUGAUGCUAACAAGCGGCCAGAAGCUUCUCUCUUCACAGGUGCCACUGAUACAGCCAGGAGACUGGGUGCUGGUCAAGGUCAUCAAAUGGAAGUGCUGGUCAAACCCGAGGUGGGACGGUCCAUAUCAAGUUCUACUGACCACACCAACAGCAGUGAAAAUCGCUGAAAGAUCUACGUGGAUUCAUCUGAGUCACUGCAAGAAGGUGGAGCCACUUACUUCGGAGUAAAGGUGGAAGUCUGGUUACAAAGGGGGAAAUUCCUUAUAGUGGUUUUUUCGUCUCAACCCAGUGAAGACAACAACUGAUCCCUACUCCUUUAGAAUGGCGCCCUUCUGCAGCCUCAUAAUUAUUUUCAGCGUGAGCACACUGCUAAUUUUAGGAGGAACAUCUUCAUUAAAUUACACCCAGUACCCACAUGAAUAUGCAACCAAUGAAUGGUGGCAGUUAAUGAACGUCACAGCUCAUGUUAAUAAUUGGACAAAUUGUUGUGUGUGUGCACAUAUGCCAGUGGCAGGACACAAUACUGGACUGAGGCCUUACAAUGUUAGCUGGGAGCACUCAUGGUGUCUCUAUGGGUUGGCUACAUAUCCAGGGAGAAGAGCUAAAUGGAGUGAAGCAAAUUUUACCACAAUUCUUAAUGUAAAGGGGAUAAGUUCUCCUAUUAAUAGAAACUGUUCUAUGUUAACAGAUUUACUCACUUGGCCCCAGUUAGCUAACCCCCUUCUUGAGGUGCUAAUGUUGAAUCAUUUGCCAGAGAAAGCUUUUCCAGCAUGUGUUAUAGCAAAUGGAACCAUCAAGGUGGGUAGAUUACCAGCCACUCUCUGUAAUGCUACCUAUUCGUACUGUCCACCAACAGAUGAGAGACAAUGCCUGACCUGCCUCAAAAAUAUUGCUUGUUAUAAUAAUCUAACUGUACGGAGGAAGGAAUGUCAGUCUGACCUGGCCUACAGAAUACAGAUGGACACUGGAGAGCUGAGUCAGUGCUCACGAGUAGCACCAGGACCCAAGGGAACAAGAGUGUUAGCGGACUGGUAUUUCAUCUGUGGUCACAAAGCAUACGUGUCCCUUCCCCCAGAUUGGGGAGGCCUGUGUAGUGUUGCAUAUGUGUCAGAUCAUGUCUUUUUCAUGCAGUACCAGGCCAGUCAUACACAUCACAAGACGAAGCGACAGGUUGGAGAGUGGCUCACGAGCCAUUCAGAAGUCCCAGAGGAGCUCCGGAUUUGGGGAGUCGGAGCGAAGAUUGCCCAGUCUAUCUUUCCAGGAAUUGGACUGGGAUUUGUGCGUGACCAAGUGGAAAUAAAUCGCUAUGUAAUAUUACGUCUGGUAAAUACAACCAUAGCUCUAGGACAAGGAACUUUAAAAGAGUUAAGUUCACUCAGAGCAAUGGUGAUGCAAAACAGGAUAGUAUUAGAUCUUUUGACAGCGUCCCAGGGUGGCGUGUGUAAGAUUAUUGGUAAGACAUGUUGUACUUACAUCCCAGAUGAAGAUAAUGCUGGUGGAGCCAUAAGGGAGGCACUCGACAGACUGACUGAAUUACAAAAAUAUGUACAACAGGACACUCAGGAAAGCCAGAGUGAUUGGUUUUCCUGGCUAAAUGCGGGAACUUGGUGGCAGGUAUUGUUGAAAUGCCUGACUCCUGUUUGUGUGUGUUAGUGUUGAUUUGUGUGUUUACAAUGUGCAUUCUGCCCUGCAUCAGAUCCAUGAUAACAAAGAUUUUUAUUGGUUAUGUUGUGUCAUAUUUGCAGCUUCAGAUGGUCAACCAAGACGCUGAAAUGACUGCAGAUAUUUUGUAAAUAUGUAAAUAUUUGGCAAUGAAUGAAACCCACACUGAAAAUGUGCAAGCAAGUGGUGUGGUGUGGGAAAAAGAUGCCAGUGAAGUUAUGAUAAACA